GGCUGGUUUGCUGUGCGGUGGCAAAAUAGCGACUUCAGAGUCACCACAACGCCACCAAAACUAGCUGGACAAACUGACGUGAAAAUAACAGCUUCUUGUGGUUGCAGGUGUGUAAAUAACAAUUUUAUUUCGGGUCGCUGGUCAUGGACAGAACUCCUUUACUUCCGAACUCAAAGUGUGCUUUCCUAAACUUCAGUAUUGGUUGUCACAGUAUUUGAAACUAGAAAAGCACUCAGCGGGCACAAACCUCCGCCAAGCAGCUUGAGGCCACGUCCCCAUGGAGCCGCACAUUUUCAGUGCCGGUUUGAGAAUGUGCUCUGUAAAGUAUCCAUCGAUGUGACUGCUCACAACAAAACCUCCUUGGAGGUCAACAAAUAAAUAGUCUCAGAAACUUCCCUCUCACUGGUCAAAUGAGGGAGCGCAGAAAAGCAGCGUUUCUGUCAGACAGGUUCGAUCUUGCACGAGCAGAGUGAGCGCAGUGUGAGGUGUUAGUACGUCGUGUUUUGGGGGGUUAAUCUGGAGUUAGAGAGGUGCACCAGUCCCAACUACUGAUCGCAUGGGUCAGCAAAACGCCGCCUUUAAUCUCCACAAACGUUCUGAUUUCCCUCUGUGUCUAAUUUUACUGCUUCACUGUUGUGUCUGUGUUAUUCUAGGCCAGCAGCAGCUGAUGUGUGUGUGUGUGUGUGUGCGAGAGUGAGAGGGAGGGAGGGAGAGAGAGAGAGAGAGACUACACUGCUGCACAUCUGCUCUGACGUCACCCUCCCUCAAAAAAGAAGCUGCCAAUUUGAAUGUGUCCGGGACGACAGACCGGCUCUCUGCAGAUGUAGUGAGAAGAAGCAGCUCACAGUCUGCAUGCACAACUUCUCUAAGCCACUCUGAGCCACAGAUUAAACACACACACUCUCACACACACUCACACACAGAGAGAGAGAGAGAAGCAGCAGAGAGACAAGCGUCCUCAGGAGAAACCCGCUGGUGUUUCUAACUUUCUCUUUUGCUCGGACCUUUUUUUCUCUCGCUUCUUUUGUGGCCAUAUUUUGGGAGGAUGGCAGAGUCGGAGAGGAGAUGAAGGUGUCCGGACUGGCUGGUGCGCUCUGACAGUCAACAUGGAAUGCAGAUGGAUCGGCCAGGACAAGUUCCCAAUAUAGAGCUCCCUGUCAGGAGUUGCACCUGAGAGCGGCCGGCUCUGAUGGAUUACAGCGUUUCGGUGCGAGCUGCUGACAUGAAUCCAGAGGCCGGACAGACGCGGACGCACUCGCCUUCAGGGGAAAUCUGAGACGGCUGUGAAGUGGAAGGACUCGAACCAUGGACUUGUUAUGGUGUGGAGUGGGACUGAUUGUGAGCUCCUAACCCGCUCGUAGCUCCCCCUUUUUCCUCCCCCUCGCCCCUCCCGCCCCCACCCCGCCCCAUGUCACAUCUUUCCCUGAAUUAUGGAAAUUCUGUGGAAGACGCUGACUUGGACACUGAGCCUGGUGGUGAUGGCUGCUUCCGAAUUCCAAAACAUCCAUAGACUUUCCCACAACUCCCAAGAGGAGUUCCUGUCCUACCUGCAGCACUACCAGCUGACUGUCCCAGCUCGAGUGGACGAAAACGGAGACUUCCUCAGCUUCACUGUGAAGCACCAUCGCCCGGGCCGACGGAGACGAGGAGUGGCGGAACCCUUGAUGGAGCAGCCGGCGGUAUCGGACCUGCCGGGGGCGCGCCGCUUCUACAAACUCAGCGCCUACGGAAAGCACUUUCACUUGAACCUGACUCUCAACCCGCACCUGGUGUCCAGACAUUUCACUGUGGAGUACUGGGGCAGGGACGGGCUGGAGUGGAGGCACAACACGGUGGAGAACUGUCACUAUGUGGGAUUCCUGCUGAAUCAGCACGGCACCACCCGAGUGGCGCUGAGCACCUGCAGGGGCCUGCACGGCGUCAUCACCACGGAGGACGAGCAGUAUUUAAUAGAGCCAUUGAAGAACGUUUCCUCGGGCGACUGGAACCUGGACCUAGCGCAGCAGCACGUUAUUUAUAAAGCGUCUGCCCUCCGCCCGCCCUUCCAGCCCGGCCAGGAGUCCCGCUGCGGCCUUUCAGACUUCAUCACCAGUGGCUGCCAGCCCACUUCGCCCCCUCCUGCUGCGCCGACGUCCCGACACUCCGACAGGCGGAAGCGCUCUGUCAGCAGCGAGCGCUUCGUGGAGACGUUGGUGGUGGCUGAUAAGAUGAUGGUCGGUUACCACGGACGCAAAGACAUCGAGCACUACAUCCUGUCUGUGAUGAAUAUUGUUGCCAAACUUUACCGUGAUGCCAGUCUAGGAAAUGUUGUCAACAUCAUCGUGACGCGGCUGAUCGUUCUGACAGAAGACCAGCCGAACCUGGAGAUCAACCACCACGCGGACAAGUCCCUGGACAGCUUCUGUAAAUGGCAAAAGUCCAUCCUGUCGCAUCAUGGCGAGGGCAACAGUAUUCCAGAGAACGGGAUGGCUCACCACGACAACGCCGUGCUCAUCACCCGGUACGACAUCUGCACAUACAAGAACAAACCCUGCGGGACGCUAGGUUUAGCCUCGGUGGCUGGAAUGUGCGAGCCGGAGAGGAGCUGCAGCAUAAAUGAAGACAUCGGCCUGGGCUCCGCCUUCACCAUCGCGCACGAGAUCGGACACAAUUUCGGGAUGAACCACGAUGGCAUCGGGAACUCGUGUGGCACCAAGGGCCACGAGACCGCCAAGCUGAUGGCCGCGCACAUCACCGCCAACACCAACCCCUUCUCCUGGUCGGCCUGCAGCAAGGACUACAUCACCAGCUUUCUCGACUCAGGUCGGGGGACGUGUCUGGACAAUGAACCUCUGAAACGAGACUUCCUGUACCCAACAGUGGCCCCAGGGCAGGUGUACGACGCCGACGAGCAGUGUCGCUUCCAGUACGGAGCAUCUUCACGCCAGUGCAAGUACGGGGAAGUGUGUAGAGAGCUCUGGUGCCUUAGCAAAAGCAACCGCUGUGUCACCAACAGUAUUCCUGCGGCAGAGGGAACGCUGUGCCAGACUGGCAGCAUCGAGAAAGGGUGGUGCUUCCAGGGCGAGUGCGUGGCCUUCGGGACCUGGCCUCAGAGCGAGGACGGAGGAUGGGGGCCGUGGUCGUCGUGGGGCGAGUGCAGCCGGACCUGUGGGGGCGGCGUGUCUUCCUCCAUGAGGCACUGUGACAGCCCAGCACCUUCAGGAGGAGGAAAGUACUGCCUGGGAGAGCGCAAGCGCUACAGGUCCUGCAAUACCGACGCCUGCCCUGAGGGAUCGCGUGACUUUCGGGAGAAGCAGUGCGCCGACUUCGACAACAUGCCCUUCCGGGGGAAGUACUACAACUGGAAGCCGUACACUGGUGGUGGAGUCAAACCCUGCGCCCUCAACUGCCUGGCGGAAGGUUACAACUUCUAUACGGAGCGCUCACCGGCCGUCAUCGACGGGACGCGUUGCCACGCCGACUCUCUGGACAUCUGCAUCAACGGAGAGUGUAAGCACGUCGGCUGCGACAACAUCCUAGGAUCAGACGCCAAGGAGGACCGGUGUCGGGUAUGUGGUGGCGACGGGAGCACAUGCGAGGCCACGGAGGGACUUUUCAACGAGUCACUGCCCAGAGGAGGAUACAUGGAGGUGGUCCAGAUCCCCAAAGGCUCCGUGCACAUGGAGAUCAAGGAGACGGCCAUCUCUAAGAACUACAUCGCGCUCAAGUCUGAGGGAGACGACUAUUACAUCAACGGUGCCUGGACCAUUGACUGGCCGCGCAAGUUCGACAUAGCUGGGACGGCGUUCCACUACAAGAGACCCACGGACGAACCCGAGUCACUGGAGGCCCUGGGGCCCACCACCGAGGACCUGUUCGUCAUGAUCCUGCUUCAGGAGCAGAACCUGGGAAUCGAGUACAAGUUCAACGUGCCAAUCCAGCGAACGGGAAGCGGUGACAACGAGGUGGGCUUCAGCUGGCACCACCUGCCCUGGUCCGAGUGUUCUGCCACCUGCGCCGGAGGGUCCCAGAAGCAGGAGCUGGUGUGCAAGAGGCUGGACGACAACUCUGUGGUCCAGAACAGCUACUGUGACCCCGACGGCAAGCCUCCGGAGAACCAGAGAGACUGCAACACUGAGCCCUGUCCGCCCGAGUGGUUCAUUGGCGACUGGACGGAGUGUGGGAAGACAUGCGAUGGCGGCACCAGAACUAGAACCGUCUUGUGCAUCAGGAAGAUCGGCCCUGCUGAGGAGGAGACGCUGGAGGACACCCACUGCCUCACUCACCGACCCAUCGAGCAGGAGGCCUGCAACAAUCAGUCUUGCCCGCCCAAGUGGGUGGCUCUGGAUUGGUCCGAGUGCACGCCGAAAUGUGGCCCUGGAUUUAAGCACCGCAUCGUCCAGUGCAAGAGCAGCGACCUAAUGAAGGCCUUCCCGUCCGCGCACUGUUCCAGCACCAACAAGCCUCCGGUCCGAAUGCGCUGCAGCUUAGGCCGAUGUCCUCCUCCACGCUGGAUUCCUGGUGAAUGGGGACAGUGUUCGGCGCAGUGCGGCCUGGGCCAGCAGAUGAGGACGGUGCAGUGUCUGUCGUACACGGGGCAGCCGUCCAGCGAGUGCGCCGAGUCCCUGCGGCCCGCCACCAUGCAGCAGUGCGAGAGCAAGUGCGACGCCACGCCCAUCUUAAACACCGACGAGUGCAAAGACGUCAACAAGGUGGCGUACUGUCCGCUGGUGCUCAAGUUCAAGUUCUGCAGCCGGGCCUACUUCCGACAGAUGUGCUGCAAGACCUGCCAGGGCCACUGACCACUGCGGCUGCCUGGCCCUCCUCCCCCCUCACCACUGCUCAGCACCGCAAGCUGACAAACUGUUCAAUUCCACUUCUGUGAAGUGCAACCUGGAGAAGAUGUUUUAUUAUAAUAAUAAUUAUCGUUGCUGCGAGUCGCCCUCUGAGUAUUUUAGGAAUCCAAAGUGCUGGACACGUCGCUCCGAGGGGGCGACUCCUUGCCACGCUGGGACCGAGACGGUGCUGUCGGACUUGUAUGCACUUUUUCAUCGAGAUACUUUGCCAAGGCGACGGAGAAGUCCGCUCAGCGUACUGUAUAUUUAUUGUACAACCUCUAAAAAGAGCCGCGAAGGGAAUCUGAUUGUGAACUUGUUCCUCCGAGCUGGACCGAACAUGCUGUAGAACCAGUUCUAAAAAUGGCCGAGAAGAUUUCCCCUGUGCCUUAGUUGGCCGCCGACGUUCACCAAACUGGCCUUCGCUGGUCCUCGGAGACAGCCUCCAAGUCUGAACCGGAAACCCGAGACUGUUUGAGUUUACCAAACGUUAGGUGUGACAAAAUGGAGGCGUUAGUUGUUUAUGGUUAGUUUAAACACGUCAACAAAUCCAGUGAAAUUGGAUGGGCUAAAAAAGUUCUCUGUGAAAAGGCUACGCUGCCACCCAGCGAAGCAGUGUGCCAAAUCUGAGGGACUGUUUAUUCUGGUCUGGUGACGUGAAAGCAAAGAAUUUGCUCAAAAACUCUUCUAGCCAAUGCUAAUCCUAAAACUGGAAUUUUAUUGGUGAAUCAAAAAUCGAAAGCCUCUAUCCUCGUACGUAACGUUUGGCGACCGCUAUCUGCUCGAUCCUGAACUGCGGAUGUACGACUGUAACAAAGUUGCAGAGUCCAGCACUCAGCUCCUGCUUGACCUCAGUCCCGAUUCCUCUCAACCGCAUCAUUUUCUGUCAGUUCCGCGGAGCGCUUUGUUCGCCCUCCCAGUCUGCUCCGAGGGUGACGGCCUUCCCAGACUCCUGGUGCUAACAAGUGGGUGCUAGCUUAAACGCCAGGCUGGAUCCAAACUUUCACAGUCAGUGCUGGUCAUGUCGUGCAUUUGUUACCUCACACUGGGAGCUCAAUGUUGAGAUUAUCGCCCGGCCGCCUCCCGGCUGACAUUCCUCUUGUGGAUCCCUUGAAAGGUGUUCAGUUGUUUUGCUGCUGCUACUUUUUCGUCGCCACCUUCAAUAUGACAGUGGUUACUGGACCCAUCGCGGGCUGUCGUUUGCGAGGACAGGAAGGUGGCUCACAAGGACUGACUCACCCACUGGCGGGAGCGAAGCCUCCAAGAAGAAGAAGAAGAAGUGGUACUCGUUGCUGUGAACUUUGGCUGUUUGAAUGUCAUGUUGCUUAUAUCUGUACCUAAAGUGCAAAAAACAAAAAAAAACAAAAAAAAAACAACAAAAAGAAAACGUUAAGAAAGCUUCGAUGCGUAUAUUUUAUAUUCAGUAUUACUAAUUUUUCUAAGUGUAAAUUAUAUGCUAAUUUAUUGUGUUGUCUCACUCGUACGUUUAUUUCACUGCAUGCAACUGAAUUAUAGCGUAGUGAAACAAAUGCAGUGAUACGAAACUUCACCAACUUUUUUAGAAUACAAUAAAGAAAAACAAGCAGCUGUUCAUCGAGUCGUCUCUUUCUCUAACCGCCGCGGUAACCUCAGGAAUGGCCCAGACCUGAGUGACUCUGCAGCACGACUCGCUUUAUUGGCUUUCCACUCAAGCGAGCCUCCUCGUCGGAACCCUGCGUUACAGGGAGUCACUGAAACGUGCGAUUCAGAAGCUUCCCGAGUUGUAAGGACGAAUCGAAGAAAGCAACGACAGUGAUGUUGAACCCAGUUACAAGGGAAAGGUGGACGACAUCAACGAAUCAGACUUGCUCCAUGUCAAGAUCGCCGACUUACAUUUAUGCCCCUCUUACAUAUAUAUAUA